CUCCAUCUUCAAGCACGACUCCCUGCGCAUGAACUCCACCAAGUCCAUGAUCGGCCACCUGCUGGGCGGCGCCGGCGCCGUCGAGGCCAUCGCCACGCUGAAGGCCAUCGAGACGGGCUGGCUGCACCCCACCAUCAAUUUGGAGGAGCCCGAUGCGGGCGUCCGCCCCGAGCUCGUGUGCGCGGGCGAGAAGCAGCGGCAGGACGUGGAUGUGGCGCUCUCGAAUUCGUUCGGGUUUGGCGGGCACAACUCGUGCGUGCUGUUUUCGAAGUACAAGGCGUGA